AUGAGGACAUUUUUAACAUUGCUCUUUCUCUGUCAUACAGCCUCUGCAGUGAAACACUCCCUGAAGUUCUUCCUAACUGGCACUUCUGGAAAAACAAACUUUCCAGAGUUUGUGAGCUCAGCAAGAGUGGAUGAAGUUGAGAUUGGUCAUUGUGACAGCAUCAUGAAACGAGCAGAAGUCACACAGGAUUGGACAAGAAAACUGAUCAGCAAAAAUCCCCAACAUCUCAACUGGUAUUCACAGAGGUGUGUUGGCAGUCAGGAGUUCUUUAAGGCCAACAUGGAUGUUUUCAAGCAACGUUUAAACCAAACUGAAGGUUCUCACGUACUCCAAAGCGUGAAAGGCUGUGUGUGGGAUGAUGAAAGCGGUGAAAUCAAAGGCUUCGAUCAGUACGGUUAUGAUGGGGAAGACUUCCUCGCUUUGGACCUGCACGGUCUGACAUGGAUUGCUCCAAAAGCACAAGCUGUUGUUAUUAAACAUUUGUGGGACAAAGACGAAGGUAGAUUAAAAGACAAUAAAAAGCUGUACAUGUCAGAGUGUCCUAAAAUGCUGCAGGAAUACAUGCGCUAUGGAAGCAGUUUUCUGCAGAGAACAGAGCGCCCUUCAGUGUCUCUCCUCCAGAAGACUCCCUCCUCUCCAGUCAGCUGUCAUGCUACUGGAUUUUAUCCUGACAGAGCUGAUCUGUUCUGGAGGAAAGAUGGAGAGGAGAUUCAUGAGGGAGUGGAGAAGGGAGAGAUCCUCCCCAACAAUGAUGGAACCUUCCAGAUGAGCUCUGAGCUGAAUGUUUCAUUAGUCAAACAUGAGGACUGGAGGACAUAUGACUGUGUGUUCCAGCUCUAUGGGGUAAAGAAAGACAUCAUCACCACACUGGACAAAACAAAGAUCAUGACAAACUGGGUUUCUCCUUCAGAGUUUCCAGUUCAUCAUUAUGCAAUUGGAGUGGUUUCUGCAGUGGUUCUGCUCCUGGCGCUCGGUGGAGCCCUCUACUGGUGGAGAAAGAGAUGUUUGUCUACUUUUGGGACCAUAUAAGAUGUGUAGCAGCCCAGAAGGUUCUACAGAACUCUGAGUCCAACUCAAUGGUUAAUCACAUAGAAAUGCAAAUAGAUAACAAAAUGUGAACAAAAACUUGAAGAGAUAUUAAAUGUUGUCAUUUUCUUGUAGUACAUUUUUUAAAUAAGGCUGUGGUAACAUGCUGAAUCUAAAGAAGUUAAACCUUCGAUCCUCUCUCAAAAUCAACUUCACCUGUGUAAAAACGAAACAGUUUGUUGCUCAUUAAAGAUGACUUGUCUUUACAGAUGAUCUGGAAUAAAAAGCAGAUUUAAGCAAAUUAAUAAAAUCCAAAGCAUCGCAAGAAUGAUUUUGUUUAGCUGUGAAUGAUGAUGAUCUGGACAUGAAAGACACAAAAACACUUCCGUUUUUUUAACUUGAAAGAUGAA